AGGGAGCUUCAAAGAGCCCCUUCACCCAAAGAGGAGAGGACCGCUCCGGGUGUAAUGCAUAGCUGGGCUUUGCCUUCGUCUUGGAUGGGAUAAAACCUACCGUUCAAAUUUAAACGCUCACUGUGUGUGUGUGUGUGUGCGCGCACGCGCGUGCGAAAGAGAGAGGGGGUGUGUGUGUGUGUUCCGCGAGGACCGGGAAAUGCUCUUCUAGCGCGAGCGCGGAUGACAUUAGCGCCCGCGUUUUUUCCUCCCCCAACGCAAAUAUUCCUAACUUGGAGCCUCCUGGACGCCGAGCAAGUUUUUGUUUUUAUCUUUUCUUGAAUUGCGUUUGAGCCGUGUAGGUGGAAGACCAGAAAGCAGCGCAGGACAAGAUGGGGAGCGAAAAGUACUUGCCAGAGCUCAUGGCAGAGAAGGACACGCUGGAUCCGUCUUUUCAGCACUCCCUGCGGCUACUGGAUCAAGAGAUUGAAAAAAUUCAGAAAGACGAGGGGAAGGAGGAGGAGAAGUUCAUCGAUGUCGUCAUCAACAAGAACAUGAAACUGGGCCAGAAAGUUUUAAUACCAGUCAAGCAGUUUCCUAAAUUUAACUUUGUCGGCAAACUCCUCGGGCCACGCGGGAACUCGUUAAAGAGACUACAGGAGGACACUCUCACAAAGAUGUCAAUUCUCGGUAAAGGAUCCAUGAGAGACAAAGAGAAGGAAGAAGAGCUACGGCAGAGCGGCGAGGCCAAAUAUCACCACCUGAACGAAGACCUGCACGUCCUCAUUGAGAUCUUCGCCCCACCAGCCGAGGCGUACGCCAGGAUGGGUCACGCUCUGGAGGAGAUCAAGAAGUUUCUCAUACCAGAUUACAAUGAUGAGAUCAGACAGGCCCAGCUGCAGGAGCUCACAUACCUGAACGGCGGCUCUGAGGAUGCCAAGGUGCCAUCAGUGAGGGGCAAGUCAGCUGCCCGUGGAAGAGGGACACCUGUUCCAGGGCCUCCCAGGAGUCGCGGAGGAGUUCCUCCACUGCACGCAGCACUGCCUCGAGGAGCGGCACCCAGAGGAGCCCCGCCCAGCCGGAUUCCAUCCUCCAGAGGGCGAGGGGUGCAGAGAGCCAGAGGGGCCCCCCCGGCCACCGGGUACAGACCAGUUCCUCCCAUAGUCCAGGACUCAUACGGCGAAUAUGAAUACGACGACGGCUACGGGACAGCUUAUGAUGACCAAGGAUAUGAAUCGUAUGACAACAAUUACAGUAAUCAAGGACAAAACUCAGAUGACUACUACGAAUACGGACACAGUGGGGAAUCAUAUGAUUCAUACGGUCAGGAAGAGUGGGCAAACAAUCGCGGCAAGGCUCCGUCAGCACGAACAACCAAGGGAGUGUACAGAGAUCAGCCAUACUCAAGAUAUUGAACUGUUUAUACAACCCGCACCUGAGUCCUCAUGGCUGUUUCAACCCCAAGUAAUGGAUUUUUUAUGGACGCUCCCACCUUUUUAGAAUUGAAAACAUAAACCGCAAAAAAAUAAUCCAAACCAAACGGUGACCAUAGCAAGACACUGAAUGAGACAAAAACGUGGAAUGCCCCUGAUUCUAAAAAGAUACUCCCACUGGAUAAAAAGUGUGAAGCAAUUUAGGUAAUCUAUCCUUUCCCCCUAGGAGAAAUCGACUGGACAAUAAGAUUAAGAAAAAAGCUUCAUAGUACAUUAAGUUUCUCUCUCAGCUAUGUGAUUAUGAAGAAUGACAUUGUAUCAAGCUAUUUAACUUGGUAAUGAUUAGCGAGCCACUGUAAGGUGUUCGAUACAAUGUUUCUACACAGCUGCCAGUGCGACUUAAUUUAUCACCCUCUAUUCUUUAGACCUUCAACUGCGUGGUUGAUCUCUUAAAAAUGUAGUAGCUUAGUUCUAGGAAAGUGCAGUUCUGUAGAUAUUUUCUCUGAGGGGUAAUCGGUGAAAUUGUGUCCCUUGUAAAUGAUUUACAAACUGAAAAAAAAGACAAAAAAAAACAUCCUGUAUACAUAUUGUAUUGCUGUUUCCUCCUCUUUUUUUGUAAAAUAAUAGUUAUUUAGUGUUAAAGGGCUUAUAAAAGCAUGGUGUGUAACUGUGGAUAUUGUCAGCUGUUUUAUUCUGAAAAGCCUGUGUAGUUGUGUUCAUUGAUUAUGCCCCCCAAACGUCCACUUAAGUACAUCUAUAAAUAGCUGCGCAUACUCUAUGUACACUGCACAACCAGAGCUGCAAAACAGUCCAGGAGCUUUUUAAUGUUUGUGGAUUCUUUUUAAUUUUUUUUUUUAGAUGAUCUAAGUAAGUCAUUUUGGUGUCAUUUUUUUAACUUUUUAACAAUAUACUUCUCUGACUGUGUAGGCAUAACAAUGAGUUUUAAGGUGCUCAGUCACAUGCUGGUGAAUUGGCAGUCAUUUCCAUCUAGAGAUUUGUUCACUAUAUUGAUUUUAAGCUUAUGUAAGCCCUUUAAUAUUUUCCUCUUUGUUGAUG